AUGGCCGAAGGCAUGGAAGAAUGGCUGUGCGACUCGAACGAGGCGGUGAGCCUGCAGAUGGUCCGCUCCGAGGAGGACAGCGCCGCUCUGGCAGGGGACGACCUGAUCGCCCUCGCCCCCUUCUCCCCCGCCUUCACCUACCCCAUCUUUGGCGAGCACGAGAAGAUAUUCGGGUACAAAGGCCUGGAAGUACAGCUCCAAUUCGCCUCGGGGAGCCUGAAGCAGUACCUCUCCAUCAAUCAGGACGAGGUGUUGCAGUCCGCCACGCCAGCGGACGAUAUCGAGGGGAAGUUGUACGAGUUCAUCCCGAAGGACUAUACCAAGUCCGAGGAGAGCUUCCAGGAGGUGGUAGAGCGGGACGCUGUGGCCUUUAGGCCGAUGGGGGAUAAGGUGGGAAGUUACGCCAGGGCGGCGGCCGCUGGGAAAGUAAAAGGAAAGGGGAAGGCCAAGGGGAAAGGCAAGGCGAAUGGGAAGGCUGCAGUCGAGGAGGUCAAGGAGGACGACGAGGGCGCGGUAGUCUUUGAGAUGUACAAGGCAACAUGGGCGACGCCGGGGUUUAGGGAGUAUCAUCGUCGGAUGCAGUUGUUCAUCCUGCUGUUCAUAGAAGGGGGGAGCUAUGUCCACGAAGACGAAGAUGCGUGGGAGUUUAUCACACUCUUCGAGAAGCGUAAAAGGCCAGAAUCCGAUGUCUACACCUACCACUUUGUUGGCUAUACCUCGGUCUACCCGUUCUGGUGUUACCCAGAUCAGGUCCGACUACGCUUAAGUCAAUUCGUCAUCCUGCCGCCAUAUCAACAACAAGGACACGGAUCCAAGCUCUACUCGGCGCUGUAUCAACAUGUCCUGACGCGUCCGGAAGUCGCCGAGCUCACGGUCGAAGACCCCGCCGAGGCAUUCGAGGAUCUCCGAGAUCGGAACGAUCUGCGAUAUUUCGUUCAGCAGGGAGUGACGGAGGAUCCGAACUUUUUGGUGGAUGUGGGGUCGGAUAAGCGGGCGGGGAGGGCGCUGUGGGAGAUGGGGAUCAGGAAAAAGUACAAGAUUGCGCAGCGCCAAUUCGACCGGGUCCUCGAAAUGCUUCUCCUCCGCCAAUUGAAUCGUAAAGAUCCGACAAAACUGCGCGCGUACAGGUUACACGUCAAAGGCAGACUGUAUCGCUUCAACUACGAAAUGCUGUGUCAGAUGACACUGGAGGAGCGGAAAGAGGCGCUGGCGAAAACGUACGAGUCGGUUGUAGAGGACUACGACCGGAUACUCGAGAUGACCUUCCACUGA